AGUUUUCAUGCAUUAAUGAAUGUGAAGCCGCUCCAAUUUGUGGAGAAAAUUUUCAGUGUACAAGAAACACCGUCCAGUACAUCAAAUAUUAUAGUACAAGUGAUUGAUUUUUUAUUUUCAAGUAUUUACGACACUUAGAUCAUGUUUUCGGUACAGGAAAAAAUCUCUCCAAUUUGUGGUGAGGUUAAUGCUAAUAUGCUAUGAUGGGCAGAGACAACACAUAAUUGCUUCUCCUUUUUAUCCCAAAAAAGAAGGCACAAAAGUAGGGAAAAAGUGGGUGAGUGGUCACAAGAUUUAGGGCGGGCCUUUCUUUUGAAAAACAAAUCCAGAAAAACACUACCCGUUGCCCACACCCACCCACGUUCCUAUUAACCGUCCCUCCCUCCUUCCUCUAAGCUCCUACAACCCUACAACUUGAUCAAUCUUCCUUCUCUGCAAAUCCAAACAGUCCAAAUUCCCUUUUGGAAUUCAGAUUUUCGGUGGAAUUUAAUCAUGAAGUGGGGUACCAAAAAGCAAAAGCAUCCCCCUACUUCUUCUUCUUCUUCUUCUUCAAAGCCUUCUCUGAUCUCUCAUGUCUUUCCAAGUUCAUGGCUUUCCAAGUUCAAGCACAAGAGUGGGAAUUCGGAACCGAAACCCGGGAAGGGAAACCGGAAAGAGAAGCAGAAUUCUCCGCCUUUGGAUUUGCCGAGGUGUGGUAGUCAUGGUGGUGGGAGGUUUCAUGGCGUGGAUGAUGACGAGGAUGAUGCGUUUUGGAGGCUGUCUUUUGGGGAAGAUAGUGCUGAAGGGAAUAACGACAGGGGGGUUUUGAGGUCGGUGCGGUACGAUUCGGAUGAUGAGUUUGGUCGGAAAUCCAUUUGUGGAGGGUUUCAAAAGAGUGGUACAAAAGUGGAGGGAAGAGAAGGGUCUCAGAAGUUGAUGGGCAUGCAUAAACCUGGGACUGCUAAAGACUCGAAAUGGAUGACGAACAAAAGAGUUUUCGGAAAGGAGGAAUUCGAACGAGAAGCGAUUAAGAAAGAAGACAGAUCAACAGCUUCUGUGAGAAAUGAUGUACUGGAAAUGUUAGCAGCAGUAAAGAAUCAAGAUUUACCUUCACGGAAUUCGAGAACUUCCGGUCUGGAAACAAUUGAGGAAGAAGCUUUGAACCCGGAGACUGCAGAAGAAAAACAGAGUUCAGAUUGGCAGAGAUUGAAAGAAAGGAAGAUGGAACACGUGAAGUCGAAGAGCGAGAAGCACCGGAAAUCUCUCUACAUAAGCAGGGAAUUGCAGAGGAGAAGGACAAGGAGGAGUUGCAAAGUCAGAGUUUGUUCUCCGCGGACAGCUUCAAGGGUCGAAAUCUGCAAAGUAAAGGCUCUCGAAGACAUGACGAAGGCCAAACUGAAGACUGAAAGUGAGGCUCAGGAGAGAGCGGUACAGCAGGUAAGAACAGGGUUGAACAGCUUUGCAGUGGUGAAGUGCUCGUUCGACCCACAGAAGGACUUCAGAGACUCCAUGGUUGAGAUGAUUGUGGAGAAAAAGAUAACCCAGCCGGAGGAUCUGGAAGAGCUCUUGGCUUGUUACCUAACCUUGAAUUCCGACGAAUACCAUGAUCUCAUCAUCAAGGUAUUCCGGCAGGUAUGGUUUGGCAUGAACCGGACCUGUUUCGGUACUGAACUACAGCAUGAACAAUAUGGCAGUGACUAAUUUCUCUUUAGCUAAUGAUAGCAAAACUUGUAGCCAAAUUGUAAAGUAGAUAACACUACUACUUUUCUAAUUCUAAUUGCUCUUACUGCUUCAAAAUUUGUGAAAGUUAACUAAGCAAUGCAAAUGUAGAAUUACAAUGUGUGUAAGAUGCACAAAUGCGGGGAAGAUUAAGGUGGUAAAACCCAGUUUCAAUCGUCAAACCCCGCAAAAAUUCAUACGGUUCUUCAAAUCAAAAGUAAAAAUGCUACUUAUCGAGAGGAACCUACAACCACAGAGAACUUCGUCAAAACAGGAGAUGCGUAAUAAGGCUGUAAACAAUCAUUUCAUAUGAGUUCAGAAUUAUGUAUUUCCCACAACUAGUCGUGUCACAUGAAGAUAUCCUCAGCGAAGAAUAUAAAUUCUAUAGAAAAAGAAGCAAUUACUCGAGCUGAAGACCCUUCGUUGAACUAUCAAGUCAACCAAACACCAGAUGCCCAGUUGGAAUGAAACAGAAUUAAGAUCAUUGAACUUCAAGGCAACUGGGUUAACAGACUCAUGUGCACAGCCAUAUGAAGCGCAGCAAAUUGUCUAAUAACAAAAGUUAACGUGGAU